CCCGAAGAAGGUUGCAACAGACUUGCGAAUCUUGUUGAAACGUCAUGUUGUUAGAAGACCAGAGGUUCCUCCAUGAAGAUCUCGAGCGACUCGAGCAAGCCAUAACCGAACGUGUUACAGAGGAUCCAAGAAAUAUCAAAGACCGAUUAAACCGAGACCAUCAGAUCAAUAACUUCCUCUCGCGUGUACAAGAGCAGUCGAAACGACUACUAGACAUCUAUAAAGAUGCUGGUGGACUACGGCUCUCAGAGGUUCAAAGCCUCUCGACCGGAGAUCCAUUCGAGGAAUUCUAUAGACAACUAGAAGAAGUCAAGGACUUCCAUCGACGCUAUCCCAAUGAACCUGUCGAGAACCUCGAGCGCGCGUACAAGCGCAGGCGACCCGAAGAGGGGGAGACCGUCACAUCAGAAAUUGACAACAUGUUUACCGGAGAAGAAUCCAACGGCAGAUUCCUGGACCUGACGACCUUACAUGAAGACUAUCUGAACCUUCCUGGUGUGAAGCGCCUCACAUAUCUCCAAUACCUCGAUAACUUUGACGCCUUUGAACCUCCCCGAAUGCCGAUCAAGAGGCAGAACAAAGUCACAGAUACGUACCUGAAAUACGUGGCGGAUCUAGCCAGUUACCUUGAAGGCUUUGUACGGCGGACAAGACCACUAGACGACCUAGCCAAACUCUUCCUACGCCUCGACCGAGACUUUGAGACGGCAUGGGAAGCAGGCACUGUCUCAGGCUGGACGAAAGAGACCACCCCAACCACAACCGCAGCCGGGCCACAAACCGAAGGCACUGGCUCAGGGAUAUGGUGUCCAGAAUGCGAGAAAGAAUUCAGCAAUCAAAACGUCUACAAAGCCCACCUCACAGGAAAAAAGCACAUCCGUAAUGCCGAAGCCAAAAAGACCCAAUCCUCAGCCAACGGCUCGAUCACGACAUCCAAUUCUUCAGCAACCUCCCUCUCCGGUACACAGCUCAAAGAACGAGUAAUCGCAUCCCAUGAACACCGCAUUCGCGCCCUUGCCGACCUCCUUUCUAACGAACGCAGCAACACACGUGUGAACGUGGAGCGCAAACAAGGCAUGACCGAGCGCGAGCGGCAGGCCGAACUCGACGCUCUAUUUGCCGAGGACGACGCCGCGGUUGCUGCAGCUGACCGGCACCGCGGCGGAGGAGAUGACUCUGGCUCCGAGUCCGACGGCGACGAGAAGGUCUACAACCCGCUCAAACUGCCGCUGGCUUGGGAUGGUAAACCGAUCCCGUACUGGUUGUACAAGCUUCACGGACUGGGCGUGGAGUUUACCUGCGAGAUAUGUGGAAAUUUCGUUUACAUGGGCCGGCGGGCGUUUGACAAACAUUUCAGCGAGGCACGGCAUAUUUACGGAUUGAAGUGCCUGGGCAUCACAGGCCAAGGCACAGGUGGUUUAAGUCUGUUCCGCGAGAUCACGGGCAUUCAGGACGCCCUGAGUCUGUGGGAGAAGAUCAAGCGCGAGAAGAGGGAGAAGGAGAGCAAAGACGAUGGUGUUGUCCAGAUGGAAGAUGGAGAGGGCAACGUCAUGCCGGAGAGGAUUUAUCUGGAUUUGCAAAAGCAGGGCAUCUUGUAAGAACAUAACUACGGGUGCUUUAUGGUGGCGGGAAAAAGUCAUUAUGAUACCCCUGCUGCAACCGAGAUGGGACAUGGAAGUUCCAAAUUUCAACGGAAGUGUCUACCAAGCUUUCAAAGGCUAUCGCCAACAGUGCUGCAUGAUCAUGUACGAAAUAAAAAGGGAAGAACAGUACUAGUGCUCAAACAUCAAUCCCUUCAACACUCAUCCUUCCAUCAGCACUCGCACUCCGAACACCAUCCGAAGUCCGACCCAUGGCACCACCUUCUGUACUCAGCCUCGCACCGAACAUUGUGACAUUCGCCAGCUCCCUCUCCUUCUCCACCAUCUUCUCCUUCUCACGAUCCACAACGACGGCAUUCUUCACCUUUUCAAGCAGUUCCCAGCCCUUGGCCGCGACCUGCAUGGCCCGCUCGACGAUCUGAUCAAACAAUUCCUCAUUGUCCUUGUAGAAUCCGCACAGCAUGAGUUUGCACAAACUACUCGUUGCCGUGGCGCGAACUUCCUCGGGGAAAUUCUGCGACAGAGCCUUGAUGAACGGCGAGAGCAGACUCGUCAUAUUGGUAUUGCUGUUAUUGUUAUUGGUGCCCUGCUCGCCGAGUUCGCCGCUGGUAUUCGGAGACGCUGCAGCGUCCACGGGGGUCUGACUUGCCGGAGGCGGCCCGCGAGCCAUCAGAAUGUCGCACAGGAUCUGGAGCGCCAUGACUUGCAGCGUCUCGUGGCCUUUCUUGAGCAGAUGCGUGAACAGGCGCAUAUUCUCGUCAGCAAGUUUGGGUUCGAGAAGACAACACAGACCCAGACACUGGACGCCUCGCUCGCGGAUCAGGAUCUCGUGAGACCGGACGGCGGGUAUGACUAGGUUGUCGAACAUGGUGCGCAGGUGGAUGUUGGACUGCAAGUUGCCAGCCACGUUCUGGAGCAUGCAUUGCGCGAUAUGCAGACAUUUCAUGUUGAUCAUGAUUUCCUUGACGGCCUGGG